UCCGUGAAGGGUGUUCCUGUACGAUUCAUACUCAUACAACCGUUAACGCCGGUGGCGAUCUUGUUGCCUUAUGGUCGAUGGAACCCCUCGACUCAGUACGUUUGGGACGCGUGGAACACCGUAUAUCGCGAGAAGGCCUUCGAAGCGCUGCUCUUCGUACCACUGUUUUACGGGACCGGGUACAUGUACAACGCGUCGCCUGACGCGUACAAGCAAAUGAUGGCCCAGGACUCGGUGGGGGACAUCGACAAACCGGCGGACGCAGUCACCUUGACCUUCUUUGGGCAAAACGUCGUGACGUCCACAGGCGCGAUGUGGAAGAAGCACAGGAAGAUUGCCGCGCCGGCGUUCAACCAGGAGACGUACGCGGACGUAUGGAACGUGACAGCGUCGCUGUACCACCAGAUGCAGAGCAGCGAGGCGUGGAAAGCGGGAGAUGUGAUCAACUUCCCUGCGUUCAAUCGUUUUACUACGAGGAUGGCCCUGCUUGUCAUUGCCGCCUGCGGAUUCGAUAUGCGUAUUGGCUGGGAAGAGUCGCCGUCUUACCCCGGUCUGCACAGCACGAUCGAUCAAGUGAUCGUAACAGUCUCGUCCAACCUCCUGAUCCGCAUCGUCGCGCCCGAAUGGGUCCUCUCCAUUCCUAGCGCCGCGAUGCGCACCAUCAAGGUCGCGUAUGCAGAUUUGAGGCAAUACCUUACUGCCGAAAUCUCGUCGAAGCGGGCAGAUGUGCAGAAACGCAAGGCAGUUGGGGGCAUGACGGAGAGCACGGACAGGAACGUGUUUGGGCGGCUGGUCGCCGCGAGUGAGGCAGAGGGCAGCGCGGGACUGGACGAGUCCGAGUUGAUGGGCAAUUUGUUCAUCUUCUUAUUCGCUGGGCAUGAGACGACGGCACACACGCUUGUCGUUACGUUGGCGCUCCUCGCUGUGCACCCAGAAGAGCAGGAGCGGAUAUAUCGACAUGUCUCAGAUGUCGUCGGGGACAGGGAGCCCACCUUCCAGGACUUCAGCGACCUCAACCCGGUCCUGCACGCGUUCUCCGAGGCGAUGCGGCUGUACCCGCCGGCGUACGUGCAGAUACGUUCGCCGACGGCCGACGUCGUGAUACAAUAUAACGAUGUGGAUCGUCCGGAGAUAACGCAUGACGUGUUCGUGGCGAAGGGAACGAUGAUGUGCAUGGACCAGGUUGGCCUCAAUCGGAACCCGCGUAUGUUUCCGCAGCCCGACGAGUUCAUACCUUCGCGGUGGGACGGGAAAACGACGGAUGACCUACUGCCGUUCUCGUUCGGCCCUCGGGUAUGCUUGGGCAAGAAGUUCGCGCUCGUGGAAGCCGUUUGCUUCUUGACGCAUCUCCUGAGAGAUUGGAGAGUCGAGAUCGACCUGUCGGGCUUCGCGUCGUUCCAAGACUGGCGGGCUGAGCAUCUUUACCCGACCAUGGGUGUCACGCUCAAGACCGGCGACGUUCCGCUGAGAAUGGUGAAGCGCUCUCGGUGCUGAUCGGCUGUAUAUUACGUACACAUAUCUAUGCACCU